GACGUGGCCGAGGUGCGGAAGAACUUCAACCGGCACCUGCACUUCACGCUGGUCAAGGACCGCAAUGUGGCCACGCCCCGUGACUACUACUUCGCUCUGGCCCACACCGUGCGCGACCACUUGGUGGGCCGCUGGAUACGCACGCAGCAGCAUUACUAUGAGCGGGACCCCAAGCGUAUUUACUAUCUUUCCCUGGAAUUCUACAUGGGCCGGACGCUGCAGAACACUAUGGUGAGCUUAGGUCUUCAGAAUGCUUGUGAUGAAGCUAUUUAUCAGCUAGGGCUGGACUUGGAGGAAUUAGAGGAAAUAGAAGAAGAUGCUGGCCUGGGUAAUGGAGGCCUGGGGAGGCUGGCAGCCUGUUUCCUUGAUUCGAUGGCUACCCUCGGACUGGCGGCAUAUGGCUAUGGAAUCCGCUACGAGUUUGGGAUUUUUAACCAGAAGAUUGUCAAUGGCUGGCAGGUGGAGGAGGCUGAUGACUGGCUGCGCUAUGGCAACCCCUGGGAGAAGGCACGCCCUGAGUACAUGCUUCCUGUGCACUUCUAUGGAAAAGUGGAACACACCUCUGAUGGGGUAAAAUGGUUGGACACACAGGUAGUACUGGCCAUGCCCUAUGACACACCAGUGCCCGGCUACAGGAACAACACUGUCAACACCAUGCGGUUGUGGUCUGCCAAGGCGCCUAACAGCUUCAAGCUCCAUGACUUCAAUGUGGGUGACUAUAUAGAGGCUGUCCUGGAUCGGAACUUGGCUGAGAACAUCUCCAGAGUCCUCUACCCAAAUGAUAAUUUCUUUGAGGGCAAGGAGCUGCGUCUGAAGCAGGAGUACUUUGUGGUGGCCGCCACCCUACAGGACAUCAUCCGCCGCUUCAAGUCUUCUAAGUUUGGCUGCCGAGACCCUAUCAGAACCUGUUUCGAGACAUUUCCAGAUAAGGUGGCCAUCCAGCUGAAUGACACCCACCCAGCCCUCGCCAUUCCAGAGCUCAUGCGAAUCCUGGUGGAUGUGGAGAAAGUGGACUGGGAUAAGGCCUGGGAAAUAACAAAGAAGACAUGUGCAUACACCAACCACACUGUGCUGCCUGAGGCCUUGGAGCGCUGGCCUGUAUCCAUGUUUGAGAAGUUGCUGCCAAGGCACCUGGACAUCAUCUAUACUAUCAACCAGAAGCACCUCGAUCAUGUGGCGGCCCUAUUCCCAGGCGACGUGGAUCGCCUGCGGAGGAUGUCAGUGAUUGAGGAGGGGGACUGCAAGAGGAUCAACAUGGCACACCUGUGUGUUAUUGGGUCCCACUCCGUCAACGGAGUGGCCAGGAUCCACUCGGAGAUCGUGAAGCAGUCUGUUUUUAAUGAUUUUUAUGAGCUGGAGCCAGCUAAGUUCCAGAAUAAGACCAACGGCAUCACACCUCGCCGCUGGCUCCUGCUGUGCAACCCUGGGCUGGCUGACAUCAUUGUGGAGAAAAUCGGGGAGGGUUUCCUGACUGAUCUGAGCCAACUGAAGCAGCUGCUGUCCUUGGUCAAUGAUGAAGCUUUCAUCAGGGAUGUGGCCAAGGUCAAACAGGAGAAUAAGAUGAAGUUCUCUGCCUUCCUAGAGAAGGAGUACAUGGUAGAAAUAAACCCCACCUCCAUGUUUGAUGUACAUGUGAAGAGGAUCCAUGAAUAUAAGCGCCAGCUACUGAACUGCCUGCACAUCAUCACCCUGUACAACCGAAUAAGGAAAGACCCAACAAAGUCCUUUGUACCCAGAACUGUCAUGAUUGGAGGAAAGGCAGCUCCUGGUUAUCACAUGGCCAAAAUGAUUAUCAAGCUGGUCACAUCCAUCGGCAAUGUUGUCAAUCAUGACGCCAUUGUAGGUGACAGGCUUAAAGUGAUCUUCCUGGAGAACUACCGUGUGUCCUUGGCUGAGAAAGUGAUUCCAUCUGCAGACCUGUCACAGCAGAUCUCUACUGCGGGCACUGAGGCCUCGGGUACGGGCAACAUGAAGUUCAUGCUGAAUGGGGCCCUCACCAUCGGGACGCUGGAUGGUGCCAAUGUGGAGAUGGCUGAGGAGGCAGGGGAGGAUAACCUCUUCAUCUUUGGCAUGCGGGUGGAGGAUGUGGAGGCACUGGACCGGAAAGGGUACAAUGCGAGAGAGUUCUAUGACCGCCUCCCCGAGCUCAGGCAGGCGGUGGACCAGAUAAGCAAUGGGUUCUUCUUGCCCAAGGAGCCUGACUGCUUCAAGGACAUUGUCGACAUGCUGAUGCAUCAUGACAGGUUCAAAGUGUUUGCAGACUAUGAAGCCUACAUGGAGUGUCAGGAGAAGGUGAACCAACUAUACCAGAACCCUAAAGAGUGGACUAAGAAGGUCAUCUGUAACAUUGCUUGUUCAGGCAAGUUCUCCAGUGACCGGACCAUCAUGGAGUAUGCAGAGGACAUCUGGGGUGCUGAGCCCUCAGGCCUGAAGAUCCCACCACCCAACAUCCCCCGGGACUAGGUUUCAGGGUUCUACUCCACUCAUUGGCUCUAUCCACUCCCAUCCUUCAUCCACUCGUUUGGGCUUAUCCCUGGAUGGCACAGCACUUCACGAGGGGUUCCCAACACUUCGCCCACAGCUUGUGACCCCUGCUUAUCUUACUACUGUUUCAUGGAGAGGUGGUGGCUUGGAGGGGGAGUGGAGAGGAGGGAGAGGUACAUGGACUGUAUGAAAUCCUUAUGGGCGCUCAGAAAAGGGGAUGUGCAGAGUGUGGAAGGACUUGUCCAGGAACCCCAAGUGCACUCUGUAGAGCUUGAGCUUAAAUGCCUUUGAUUUUAACCUUGUGGGGCUUGGGUCUGAGAAAAGUGGUUGUGCCGAGCUGGGGACAGUCAGACUGGUGCUCUCUAGACUGUACCCUAAUGCAGGAUGAGGUGUGUGCGUGCGUAGGGAUAGUUGAUUACUAUCUCUUUGAGAACCAUUCUUUUAAAGUUUCAUUAUGAAAAAUUAAAACAUGUAGUAGCAUACAAAAGUAGAGACCAUACUACAACCAACACCACGUCCUCACCAGUGUCAGUUACUGGGAGUAGGGAAUAUAUUUGGAAGCUCCUCCAAUAGUGAUUUAUAGCAAGCCCAGAUCCUGUGUUAUAGCAGCCUUGACUACUGUCUCUUUCCAAAAGUUUUCUUUUGCUACAAAGCUAACAGCUAAAUAGGACACAUAUAGCUCGGUAUAUGUGAUGAGGCAUUAGGAGAUGUGCACAUUAAUGUUUAGAACUGAAAGAGUUAUUUAGCAGAACCAAUCAGCCGGGACUGCUGUGAGGGCAGAGGUGGGUGUGGUAGGAGUCCUCAAGGGUGGUCAGAAUGGUCCUCUGUGUCUACUGCCAUCCUCCCUGAGACCUGGGAACCUUGGAGAGUGGGGAAGGUAGGAAGUGAGGUCUGGCAUCGAGUAAGAGUGUUCCUCCUGCACCCCUACCAGCUCUUGGCUCCUACCCUCUGGUGGGGCAAGUUCAGUGGUCAGUGCUGAGCCACGGGGCAUUUCUGUACCCUAGGUGUGGGUACUACAGGCCUGAAGGGCUCAGAGUCAAAGGGAAACCUAAGAUAACCAGGGGGCACAUCUGUCAAGCAUCCAGUGCAGGCUAUGAUGCAAAGUUAGCUCCACUUUACUUUUACAGAAGUUACCAUCAUAAGGAAAUAAACUAGUUAAAGCCUUUUCUCAUCUUAGUCCCUGAAAAUUGUUAUGUUUUGUGAACAAAGGGGGCAGUGCCUUGUAUUUUGAACCUUUGCCUCUCCCCGCAGCCAGAACUGCCUGCUCUUAUUGGUGCACUGGGUGCCUGGCAAGUCCCUGCCUGUCUUGGCAAGGAACUCUGCCUCUCUCCCCUCUUCAAUGCACACAAUCUUAGCGAAGGGAUCCAGUGGGCCAUGGGACCUUUUUAAUUUCCAAAGUAUUAGUUUUCUCUUUUUGCAACAAGGCUAACAGCUAAAUAGGAUGCAUACAGCCCACAUACACCAUAUAGUGUAUCCAGCUCUGCCAGGCCCUACCUCCCUGAAACUACCUGGCCUGCUUCAUGAAUAUGAUAUGAGUGCUGUGCGGAAGAAGACUCCUGACACUGCUUGUGAGUGCUGUGGUUCACCAAAGAGUUGCUGGGUAUUUUGUGCAGAGAGAACAAGUUCUGGCUGUGUCUGGGCCUGACAACAGCCAGUUGACCCACACCCACAGGCCAGUUGCAUGUGAUUGUUGAUACUGCCAGUCACUGUCACUGUCGCCCAUGAGCAGCUCAUUAAACCUCUGUGCUUGUGGUGGCA